AUGUCGUCGUCGUUGUCAGAUAGCAGAUGGGCAUCAUCAUCCCCGGCAAAUGUCACACCAGAUGUCACACCAAAUGUACACGAUGGACUUGUGGCGCGCCCGGUUUCCAUGAAUAUUUGUAGGUUUGGGCCCCAAUGCCGGUACGGUUCGGGAUGCAUGAACCGACAUCCUGAAAGGAGCGGUGCCGGAGUCGUACCGCAGGCAGGAACAUUACCUGAUAUGUACACCUCCGUUGCCGGAGUCGUACCGCAGGCGGGAACAUUACCUGAUAUGUACACCUCCUUUGCCGGAAUGCUAGUGCAGUCUGACUAUGCCAGACGGGCGGAACACAGCUAUUAUGUAGGAGGGCUGGCGUGGGCUGAGAACGCCCGCCAGGCAGAACAUAAGGCGCUACGUGAUGAUACCAGGAGAACGGAGGGGAAGGUGGAAGGUCUUGCGGGGCUAGUGGAAGCGAUAAACACCAGGCAGGAACAGGAUCGGGCGAUGGAGACGAGGCAUAGGGAGAGAAUGGAAGAGUUUAUGGAACGGCUAGAUAACGCCGGGGUGAAGGCUGGUGUGUUGGAGAGGACGGUGGACGACGCUGAAGUAACACGAGAGAGUGUGCAAGAGCUUGAGCGGCGUGUGGAAGCGCUAAAUGACAGGCAAGAACAGGAUCGGGCGAGGGAGACGAGGCAUUGGGAGAGAAUGGAAGAGUUUAUGGGACGGCUAGAUAACGCCGGGGUGAAGGCUGGUGUGUUGGAGAGGAUGGUGUACUGGUAUUACCUCUGCACUAGCGGUUGGUGGCGCUGGUUACCAUUGUCUCGGCGGUAUGUGGCAUGUGGUAUUGCCAUUGCGCUGCUCCUCGCCAUAUGCAUCAACAGCUAUGUACUAAAGGUGGAAGUCCAGGACACCACGGCCAGCACAGUAGGCCCAACUCCCUACAGUCUCGCAAAUCAGCCUUCACCACUGCAUCACAUUCAUAACCCGCUAAAUCCAAAGAUCACUCCCACGGCCAGAGCACACCUUCAACCAUUAAGCCCUGUAUUAUCUAACGGGGAUGGAGCCAUAGGACACACAGGAUCCUUACCUAACAGGGUUCUGCAAAGUAUUCUCUAUAGCCCUACACCCUUGCCACGCAGCAGGAUACAUGUGGUAAUUACAGCCCUCGCCCUCAUGCUGGGAGCACAUGCAUUCCGGAUACCGGUACGCGAGUAG